CCGCUAUCACGGGUGGCACAACGGGAAUUGGUCGCGCAAUCGCCCUCGAAUACAUCAGGCGGACAGGUAGGGAUGCAUGUUGCGAUAAACCAUUUUGGGUCGGUCAAAAGAUGAACAUCUUCGUCACAGCCUUCGGGGAGAGGUAGAAUCACUACAUAAGAAUGGGACGUACUCUGCUGGGCAAGUCCUAGAGAUUGCAGGCGACGUAACAAACCCCGAACUCCGCUUCGGAGGAUGUGAAGCGCUGGGGAAAGCUGGAUGCUGUUGUCUUCAAUGCAGUGUUUCCAGUUUUAGACUGGCUGAACUUCUCUGGUACGCAUCAUUCUCACAUCCAUUAGUGCACUGGACAAAUGCAACAGCAUUCUAACUUUCAAUUUCAGAAUCGAACCCUCCCCUCUAAACCAGAGUAUAGACGUCAAUGCCAGUCACACUUUCCCCAUGCCAGGCUGCAGCACGCCAAAUAGCUAAACAAGGCCAGGGCGGUUCCAUAACCAGCAUCUCGUCCGUGAGCGCCCUCGGGGGUGGUGGACUCCAGACACACUAUAUUCCAACAAAGGCAGCGAAGAAGGUGUAUCUAGAGGCGCGGAUUCCUUUAGGGAGGGUCGGUGAUCCAGAAGAUAUAGUUGGGACGGCGGUGUUUCUGGCAUUUUCAGUAAUUUCCUACAGUAGCUAAGGCUUUCCG